CGAGACGCUCCGGCAUCGACGUGGAACGGGUUCGAAAUGUUUGGACCUUUGGAAUAGUUCGUUGGGGUCUCGAAGGUGAGCCUAUUCACAUUCUGCCAUCAAGGCUAUGUGGCUUGCAGACCGUGUACUGUGAUAUCAAACUCUGGUGUUGUCGACAACUUACCAACCUUAGGCCCUGUGUGGUACUGUGUAAGCCAUAACCCACUACUGUGCUUAGUCACCAGCAGAGCAGCCUGUCAGAAACCCUGUGCACUUUGUCCCAGUUCGCCCCGAAGAAACAAGCAAGACAGUCUGACAAGCAUUCCUUCACCAAAAUCCAAAUAAACCUGGAGGAAAAUUGCUGUCAGACGCAAUACCACCUUGACGUCAAGAGUUUUUGUGAAGAUCACUCCCAUCCGGCCCAUGUUUUCCGUCCCACGUGCUUCUAUCUGAGGUCCGUUCCAAGUUCUUCAGCACUAUUCCUCAGGCCAUCCUUCGUUGUACUUCACACUACUUACCUACACGCUCCUUCACCAUCCUACAGCCUCCAUGCCAGAUCUAUCUUCACCGCAAACACCAUUGUCUACUAGCCGUACCUGAAACCACGUCACCAACCGCCCGGCCCGAAAGAUAGCGCCCCACCAUUACCGGUACCCAAGAUACGAGAUUUAUCUCGUAACAGGAACGAAACGGCAAUCAAUCCUCCAUCUGCAGCCCAACCGACACCCUCUCUCCGAAAUCUCCUCCCUUCGCUUCUCCCCUACUCCGCCUCGAGACCGCAACCAGGACAUCUAAAAGAUAAAAGUCACAAGACAAAGAAGCGCAGGCACUCGAAAACAAGAUGGGCAAACAACCCAACCUCUACAGUUUCCCCACCGUCGGCGAAGUCGCAGCUCACCUUCGGACUUACAUCCUCGCCUGCCAGAAAGCUGCUUUCCUACGACACGACGCCUUCAAGGUCGCUGUGUCCGGUGGCAGUCUUCCCGCGACUCUGGCCAAAGCUCUACUCGUUCCUGGCGCAAACGAAGACCCUGCCUCCGCCCCACAGUUCUCGAAAUGGGAAAUCUUCUUCGCCGACGAGCGCGCAGUGCCCCUCGGUCACGAAGACAGCAACUACGGUCUGCUCAAGAAAGACCUGCUUGACAAAAUCCCAAGCGAACAAGGUACCCCAACGGUCCACCCGAUCAAUGUCAAACAUCUCGACGACACACAAGAGCUGGCGGACCAGUACCAGGAGGUGCUCAUGUCGAGUUUCGCCAGCAAGGAUUCCGUCAAGAUACCCAUUUUUGACCUGAUCCUGCUGGGCUGUGGCCCCGACGGACACACCUGCAGUUUAUUCCCCGGCCAUGAACUCCUGCGCGAGGCUGAUGCUUGGGUCGCGGCAAUUGAAGACAGCCCUAAACCGCCAGCGCGGCGAAUUACCUUGACGCUGCCGGUGGUGACGCAUGCGCAUAAGAUCGCAUUCGUCGCGACGGGCGGAGGAAAGAAAGAAAUACUGAAGAAGAUCCUCGAGGCAGAUGACGAGGGCCGCAAUCUGCCCUGCGGCCUUGUCAAUGAAGGUGGUGGUGAGAAGGUCAGUUGGUUCACAGACACUGCAGCUGUCGAAGGUGUGGCUUUCCCUAGGAGAGGAAGUCUGUAAUGCACUCGGGGGAACUAGUCCCCCUUGAGAUUCUCACCCGAAAAGACGCUGGAUUGCUUUUCGGAAUUGAUAGAAGGGACUGCGUUGGAAAUAGAAACCGGCGUGUGGCGCUCAUCAUGGCUUUUGAGCAGUCAUGAUCUGUUGAGAGCUUUCGUCAACCAAUGCAAGGCAAUUGAAUGCCGGCGUAAACGGGUUGGAUGAAAGGUUUCGACAAUUCUGGAAUGAUAUUCUAUAACGGCUGAUACCAAAUUAUAUUGUUGUCAUCGCUUUUCUCGUGGUCAGUCACCUGGAAAUACAUAGACAGAUAUCGACCAAAAGAUGAAUAAAGAAAUUACAGACGAGAACAAA